AACGAUCAUUCCAAUUUCGUCAGUGGCGAUUAGCGUUCAAUCACCAGCGAUAGAGGCAGCCCAAAAAGAUAAUGAAGAGCCUUACAGAACGAUCCGCUGGGUCACUUUAUUGGUGGGUACUUGCCACGCUGUUUCUCCCGCUAGCAAUACCAGGGCUGGUGCUCAAGUUACUAACGAUGGUUAAGGAACAACGGAACGCGCGUAAUUUAAACGGAAAAGUUGUCCUGAUAACUGGGGCAAGUUCAGGACUGGGAGAAGCUUUGGCUCAUAGUUUCUUCCUUGCCGGUUGCAAAAUUGUGCUAGCCGCACGCCGCAAGGACGAACUGGAACGCGUACGAAAGGAUCUACUUGAGCUGCAUACGACCGUUCCGACGCAUCCACCAAUCAUUCUUCCGCUGGACCUUUCCGAUCUGAACAGUAUUACCGACAAGGUGCAGAGCGUGCUGGAAAUUCACGGUGCGAUCGAUAUUCUGGUCAACAAUGGUGGCAUCAGCGUACGUGGCGAUGCGCUGUCGACAGCAAUCGACGUUGACAUAAGGAUAAUGCUGGUCAAUUACUUCGGUACCGUCGCAUUGACGAAGGCAUGUCUGCCGUCGAUGAUUGCCCGGAAGGAGGGCCGCAUCGUGAGCAUUUCCAGCGUGCAAGGAAAGUUUGCCAUUCCGUACCGUUCGGCGUACAGUGCAUCCAAGCACGCCAUGCAAGCCUUUUGUGACAGUUUGCGAGCGGAAGUGGCAAAGGAUAACAUUAAAGUUACGCUGAUUUCGCCCGGAUACAUUAAUACUGCAAUAUCGAUGAAUGCACUUACCGGUUCCGGUGCUACCUAUGGUAAAAUGGACGCUGCUACGGCCAGUGGUGCAUCGGCAGAGGACGCCGCGUCCGGUAUCCUGAAAGCGAUCGCACGGGAUGAGAAGGACAUAAUCAUGGCACCGAUCGCACCGCGAGUUGCUUACUGGUUGCGCCAUUCGAUACCAUCGCUUUAUUUCUGGAUAAUGAAGAAGCGUGCGGAAAAACUAAACUCCUAAACCAAAGACAACAUACUGCUAGUUCCAUACUUUUUAAACCGCUAGGAAUCCAGUUCAGGGCAUUCAAUAUUUGUUACACUAAAAGUUACAUUAAUCGGCUGCUAUAUUAUACACUUCGUUACCCUUAGUUUAUUAGCAAUUAACUAUGAAAUGAUUGAACGCACGUCAGAUAAUCGUAUCAAAGACGAUAAACCGUACACAAUUGAGUAACCAUUAAAAUAGAAACAACCAACCAAACGUAGCAAAGUACACCCUAUUCCAAUAGAAGCAUCAAUUAAAGAUAAGCCAGAGUUAACAAAAGGAACCAAAACCUUCAUUUGUGUGAUAAUCAAUUAAUGCUUACUGUUUGCAAAUCACCCGAAAACGGUCUAUACUAAGAGGUAGAUAAGCCCUCUCUCGUCUACGCAACCUGUCGGAUCGGAAGGUCAUUAUGUGGCACUGAUGGAAGUAAUCUCAGGUCUAUAAAUAACACCACAAAACCUUUUUAUCGUAGCAUUUGCGCAUCUAAUGAACUAACGUCUCAAUGCGCUUGAGUCCAGUAAAUUUGCAAGGUCAUGUCCAUUAACUCCUCUGCAAGCAUCAUUAGAGGUUACCUUCGACUAAUAGGUUGUGGCGCGACAGGUGUGCGUGAGUGGGCCUAAUUUGAUGCAGGGUUUUCCAAGUAUUGUUAUGAAUUAACAGCGCUGGUUUGCGCGCUAAUUAACUCAUAACACGUUACAAUGACCUGAGCUUGCCUUCCAAUGUCCUACUGCUUAUAUAAUCCCCAAUUUGAUUUAUUAAAAAGUUAUAAAGUAAAACAAACAAAAGUUUCGGAUAAUUGCAGCAGAAAA